CCUCUGAUCUGAGCUGACAAUGGCAGAGGCUAUUUCUUCACGCAUGUUCAGUUGUCCAAUCUGUCUGAGUUUUCUGAAAUGUCCAGUGACUGUUGUUUGUGGACACACUUACUGCAAGGGCUGCAUCAAUCAAGCAUGGGAUAAGGAGGACCAGAAGGCCAUUUACAGCUGUCCCGAAUGCAGGCAAACCUUUACUUCGAGACCAAUUAUUUCCAAAAAUGUCAUGUUAGCUAAUGUGCUUGAGAAGCUGAAUCACUGUGGUAUUCAGGAAACUCCUACUCCGUCUACUGAACUGGGAGACAAAUGUUUUGAGUGCACUGAUAGAGAGAGAAAUGCCUUUGUGAGCUGUAUUGUGUGUCGGGUAUCUCUCUGUGAGAGCCACUAUGCUGUUCAUGAAACACAGCAUUCAGGACAUCAUGGUAUACAACAGAGACUUUCACUUCACGCAUACAUUUCCAACCGAAUCACAGAAAAAGAUAAAGAUCUACAGACACUGGUGAAGGCUGUCAGAUACAUGAAGGGCUCUGCACAAGCAAUGAUCGAAUACAAUAAGAGGAUCUUCACUGAGCUCAUCCGUUCCAUUGAGAAGAUCCCAUCAGAGCUCACUCAGCAGAUCAGGGACAAGGAGCAGAGUGAGCUGGAGCAGGCCGAGGGACUCGUGCAGCAGCUGAGGGAGGAGAUUGCGGAUCUGAGAAGGAGAGCUGCUGAGCUGGAAGAACUCUCCGAGGCAGAUGUUGAUAUUUAUGCGUCCCAGAUAAGGCUUUCAGAAUAUGUAAAUAGCCAGUCAUCCACAUACAAACCAAACAUUGCCUUUGGAGAUGUGCUGAAUAUGGUCUCUGAGAUGAAACAGAAAAUACUGAACCUUUGCAACGCAGAAAUGGCGAAGAUUGCAGAAAAAAUUACAGACACUCAGAUGACCUUGACCUUGGAGCCUACCAGAAAGGAGUUUCUGAAAUACUUCUGUCAUUUCACAUUGGAUCCCAACACAGCAAACUACUCACUGUUGCUAUCCAAACAAAACUCAGAAGUGGAGCACACCAGCUUGACCCGGUCAUAUCCUGACCAUCCUGACAGAUUUGAUUAUGUCUAUCAAGUUUUGUGCAAGGAGGCUAUUUCAGGCCAGUGUUACUGGGAGGCACAGUGGAGUGGCCAAAAUGGAGCCAUUGUGGCAGUCUCUUAUAAAGGUAUCAAUAGGAAAAGCAGUGGCUACGUGAGCCUAUUUGGAUAUAAUGAGCAGUCCUGGAGACUGCGGUGCACUCCAUUAAUUUGUUCUUUUAAGCACAACAACAGAGAGAUUCAGUUUCCUCCGAUCCCUAGCUCCUCUAGAGUAGGUGUUUAUGUAGAUCACACAGCAGGAACUCUGUCUUUCUACCGAGUCUCAGACCCCAUGAUUCUUAUCCACAGCGUUAAGACAUCAUUCACUGAGCCUCUCUAUGUAGGCUUUGGAGUUCACGCAGGAUCCUUUGUGAAUAUUUACAACCCUCUAGUUUAGUUUAACUGUAAUGUCCUAUAGUCAUGAGCACUGCUAAUGCGGUAGUGUUCAAAGUUGUCAAAGCUUUUUUUCCCCCAGAAUUUUUUGUUAACGAUUCCCGGGGGAAUGUGAAACUUGGCGGGAUAGGCGUUUGGUCCUCAAGGGCCUCUCCUCCUUCAUGCUGGGCCCCUGAAUACCGGCCAAAUGCAGUUUUCACUGAAUAAAUAAUGAAGAUGAUGAUGAUGAUUGCAAAUGAUGCAAAGCGUGCCACUUUAAGCACCACUAUCUUUGGCUGUGAUGUUCGGAACUGCACUGAAUGUUAUGUGUAUGAUCACCCUGGCAGCCUCCGUGCAUAGACGUGCAUGGUGUUUAGCAAAGGGUUGUAGAGGAUGUUGAUAAAUUCAGAUGUUGAUGUUGCUCUCGAUGCUGCUGAGAUAAAAGGUCUUUGUCACACACAUGCACACACACACACACACACACACACACACACACAAACACACUCAUGAGUGAACACUCACAUACACGCACGCAUGCACACAAACAGAGAAGCACACAUACACACAGAAGCAAACGCAAGCACACUCACAGUACAGUAUAAAGCAAGAAUAGUACUCCCUGUUGGUGCACUGUAGGCUUACUUUCAUAAUCUUAUAGUGCACAUUGUACCACAUUUGUGUGGUAAGCUUAGUCAUUAUAUUUCUAUUGUCUUUUCUGUUUUUGUGAAUAGCCGUAUACAUUUAGGAAGCUUAGUUGGGAGUUGUUUUGUUUUACUUUUAUUGUUUUCUCCUGUUUUAGUUAGUGAGGGAGUGAAGUUAGUGCCUGUUGUUAAUUUUGUCUUUUUGUUUUCAGGUAACUUAGUUCUACUCCAAAUAGCUAGCCUUCCUUAUAUUGCCGCCUGAUUCCUGUUUUUGUAAAUAAAUGCAAUAUAAAAACUCUUGGGGUUUUGUGCUUGGGCAGGAAAUCUCCACUCCACUUUGUGCUGACACUGUCCUGAUCCCCAGGCUGAAAAGGUUGACAUAAUCAAAUAAAUGUGUAGUAAUAAAAGAAGUAGCCUACAUCACAUGCAAAUGAUAGCCUCUCUUU